AUGGAUGAGCGAGUUAAUGAUCACCUCAAAGGAAAGGCGUGUAAAACGUCUGAAACAGAUGGAGACAGAAAUAAACCGACCUAUUGUGUGACUGAUGUUCCACCUUGGUACCUGUGCAUUUUCUUGGCUAUUCAGCAUUACCUGACAGCAUUUGGUGGGAUAAUCUCCAUCCCUCUCAUCCUCUCAGAGGGCCUAUGUCUGCAGCAUGACAGCCUGACCCAGAGUCAGCUCAUUAACAACAUUUUCUUCGUCUCUGGCCUGUGCACGAUUCUGCAGGUCAUCUUUGGUGUCAGGCUUCCCAUCCUACAGGGAGGUACAUUUGCCUUGGUGACCCCAGCCAUGGCCUUGUUGUCCAUGCCAGACUGGGAAUGCCCAGCUUGGACCAAGAAUGCCAGCCUGGUCAAUACCUCCUCACCUGUCUUCAUAGAAGUGUGGCAGACCCGCAUGAGAACACUGCAGGGCUCUAUUAUGGUGGCCUCUCUCCUCCAGGUCUUGGUUGGUUUCUCUGGCCUCAUCGGCUUCCUCAUGCGCUUCAUUGGCCCCUUAACCAUUGCUCCAACCGUGUCACUCAUAGGCCUGUCGCUGUACGACUCAGCUGGAGUGAAGGCAGGCAGCCACUGGGGCAUUUCUGCUAUGACCACAGUGCUGAUCAUCCUUUUCUCUCAAUACCUCCGCCGCAUACCAAUCCCUGUUCCUGCAUACAACAAGAUCAAGAAACUGCACGUCUCAAAGUUCUUUCUCUUUCAGAUAAUGCCAAUUCUCCUGGGCAUUGCAGUCUCAUGGUUAGUCUGCUACCUCCUCACCAUCCAUGAUGUCCUGCCAUCUGAUCCAGAUGAAUACGGCUACCUGGCUCGCACAGAUGUGAAGGGAAAUGUCGUGAGUGAGGCUUCUUGGUUCACAUUUACUUAUCCUGGUAAAUGGGGGUUGCCAACUGUUAGCCUGGCAGGUGUGGUUGGCAUUAUUGCUGGAAUAAUAUGCUCCAUGGCAGAGUCUGUGGGUGACUACCAUGCAUGUGCCAGGCUGUCAGGAGCACCGCCUCCCCCCAAGCACGCCAUCAAUCGUGGCAUCGGUGUCGAGGGAGUCGGGUCUCUGUUGGCAGGGGCGUUUGGCACGGGCAAUGGCACUACUUCGUUUAGCGAGAAUGUGGCAGCCCUCGGCAUCACCAGAGUGGGCAGUCGAACAGUGAUUCUUCUGAGUGGAUUUGUCAUGAUUUUGAUGGGGAUCCUGGGAAAAAUUGGAGCAAUCUUCACAACCAUCCCUACACCUGUGAUUGGAGGGAUGUUCAUGAUCAUGUUUGGAGUCAUAGGAGCUGCUGGAAUUUCUAAUCUGCAGUCCACAGAUAUGAAUUCUUCUCGGAAUAUCUUUAUAUUUGGUUUCUCCAUGUUUUCUGCACUUGUUAUUCCAAAUUGGAUCAUGAAGAAUCCCACUUUUCUUGACACAGGUGUCAAGGAGGUGGAUCAAGUGUUGCAAAUAUUGUUGACUACUCAUAUGUUUGUAGGAGGCUUCCUUGGCUUCUUCUUAGAUAACACAAUUCCUGGGACUAAACGUGAACGUGGCCUCUUAGCCUGGGAAAACGUGUAUCUUCAAGACUCUAGCAGCAGUUUGGAAACUGAUGAGGUGUAUGAUCUUCCGUUUGGCAUAACUUCUCACCUCCAAUCUCAAUCUUGGGCUCGUUACAUCCCUUUCUGCCCACACAAGGGUCACAGAUCUCAGUCGGAGGACAACCAUGUGUCACAGAGCCCGGAGAGUGAGUACAGCACACGGAUCUGA